AUGAGUGCUAGAAACACCCACAAGGGGUUCGGCUCAUCACACGCCAUCCCUCCUAAUCCUACCUUUAUUGACUUCCCAAGAUCUGACGGUGACCCAAGCAAUUGGCCCACAAACACUACCCCCCACAUUGACAGUGAGGGCCAUGUAAACUUCAUGCGACAGGCUUCCCUCGAUGAAUCGUUAUCGAUCAAAUGGCGUGUCGAAGUCGCUGCAGCCCUUGCCUCAAAGAUUAACAUGCCUCAAGGCAACUAUGUUUUGCAAGGAUGGCCUGAGGGCUAUCAGAUGUUCGAUCACAACAAAGGACCAAAGGAUAGUCCUCGUCAUGAUGCCUAUCUUAUAGGUUCUACCUAUGCCAAGCGCUUCCGCUCUGUCCCAGAGUUUAUUCCCCACGCCCUAUGGCUGCUCACAGACCCCACGCUUGACCGUAGCAACUGCAAUUGCAAGUAUUGCAAUAAAAAACCCCAACGUGAAAUAACUGCCUCCAUGGGCCUUCUUCCAAAGCGCGGCGGCUCCGCGCCCUCUGCCGCAAACACACCCACGCGGACAGUUCAAACCCCUAAAUUGAAACGCCAGCCUCAGCCACCUAAAGACAGGCUUGUUCGGGAUCAAGAGAAAAGCUCACGCGACAAAGAAAGAUUUAGACCAUAUGUCGGUGUACGUCGCAUGCCAAAACCAGUCAGACCGCCUGCACCAAAGCAAAGCAUGCUCAGGGAGCGUAACUCCGAUUUGAGCUGUGCCUAUGGCCCCGAAGUCAAGGUUCGUCGAUGGUUCCGUGACGGCGAACUCCUUUGGUGCGCAUUGAACAACCCAAUCGAAGGGCCCAGUGGCCCAGGCGGCGACGAUUCCAUCUUUUUCUGGCCAGGUCUCGUCGAAGAGACAAGAAUGAAGCCUACGCCUAUUCCAAAGGGCACAGAUAUGGAUAUCCUUGAUGGUCCAUCAAACGGUCAUCCGAGCUCGAACGCUGAAUCCAAUGGUGAUGAGGGAGUCCCUUGGAUCAUCCGGCACGACCUUUCUUACAAAAUGAAACUUCUUGGUAUCUCCCAAUCAUUGUAUAUUUCAGACCAACUUGUUCUUCCGUAUCAAUCAGUUGCCCCUUCAGAUGAGCUUAUCCAAGCUAUCCAUGCAGUAUCUUAUGAGGACCUCGACCCAGACCCCGCACGCACUUUCGCAUUCAACCCUUAUUCCACCUCAUCAGAAGUUACCUUUGCAAAAGCUGCAGCCCCGUACGGUAUUGCGCUGCAGAUCGGCGCAAAUAUUUCUGGGUAUUGGACACCCACAGACGACUGGGAGUUCAAAUUCAGCCUUGAAUACCCCAAUUCCGGUCCACCACAAUCAAUCAACACAUUCCAAAGUCUCGAUUCAGUGAUGAACUCAAGUAUGGCACAUAAUGCUAACCUUGCCUCGUCCAUGGCGACGCCCUCUGGCUCAGGCUCUCAUACGCCUAGUAUCUCUGCACCGCUACCCCCACUGGCACUGGCCCAGACAGUCGUGCAGACACGCUACCAAGGCUUGUGGUGGGGUGCAGAGCGCAUCUGGACAGACGAGCUUAUUCGGCUCAAAUUUUCGCGAGGCCAGAUCGCUCCUGAAGGAAAUGACCUUAUCGAUGCACCUGCUGGCCCAAGUAAGAAGGCGCAGGAGUACGCGCGAUCUAUGGGCGGCCAAGUCGGUGGCGCUGAGGGGCGGGGCGUGUUCAUGCGCCUCGAAGGAUUAUUCGUUGCCGAUCCGCCGAGUGGAAGAGGAUCCAAAGUCUGCCAUGCAGUAGGGACGCUUUAUGAACUCGUGGAUGAAGACUGGGAGGAAGACUGGGACGGUCGGGAGAUGAUAGUUGACAAAGGAAAGGGUAAGGCGAUCGAAAAUGGCAAUUCAAACGUGGAUGGGUCGUUUCAGUUGGAUGCUGUACCAUCUGGACUUUCAUUUAUGAAUGGUCCAUCCCCACUGAAACCGCCUCCACUCGCAAACCCAGAUCCAGCGAUUCCCGUGGAAGGCACGACAACAGACGUUCUUUCACACAGCAACGUAGCUGGCGCUUCCACUUCUGCAUCUACCGCACCACAAUGUGACGCGAACAGCGCGCUCUCGCAUCCAGUCCUCAGUUCCUUCCCACUGCCAAAGGCCCCCGACGGAUUUAAGUUCCGCCCCAUCCUGAAGCCGGGCCAUGAGAUUGUUGUAGAUUUGACGUGGAUCGCGGGGCGAUAUUACCCAGGCCUUCUCGAGCACCGGCUGCUUGACAGGCACGUCGAACGCGCGCUUACUGCUGGUGGGACGCAGUUAUGGGCUCUCGAGGGUCUGACGGCUGGGUGUUAUAAUGCGAUGGACCCGACGAAGUGGAAGCCCACUCGCACGGCGAUGGUCCGGGAGGCAAGCCAUGAUGCGCGGGUGGGGCUUGAGGAGCACUGGAAGAACAAGGAGAAGGAACGUCAAGAGGCGAAGCUACUGGAGGGGGCGUUUUUGCUACCGCUGCCGCCAUCGGGAAUGGAUACUGGCGAAGGGGGAUCUGGGCUGGGUGAAAGUUCUGGCGCUACUGUGCUGGUAUCAAACGGUGACGGGCAGGGUUUUGUGAAUGGCGAAGAGGAGAGAAUGGAAUCAAGAGUAGCGGAGAAUGGGAUGCCGGAGGAGGUCGCGAUGGUGGUUGAUUAG